AAUAAGUAGGCGGUGGUACAAAUUGCUCACUCCUCUUGAGGUUGAAGAUGGUUGCCUCCAUCGAGUUACUUCGUCGAUUUCCCGUUCGUGUUACUUGUACUCGUCCUCUUUCGAACGAAUUUUAAAUUUUGUCAUCGUCCCUGAAAGGCUAGGGUUUCAUUUUGCUCCAACCAUGAGCUGUGAAGUUUGCCAACUUAAAGAACUGGAACUAGAGCAAUUUGAGAUACGGGAAGUUUUGCGAUGCAUACUACACACCAUCCUGUUUCAUCGGGCCUUGGGUCUUGUCCGUCCAAAAGAUGUAGACUUGGAACUAUUUGAUAUUACUUACGUGCAAUGUGGAGAAGAUGAACUCGAAAAGAAGGUAGAUGACAAGAUCGAGCAAUUCAUUAGUUGGGUGGAGAAGCAUCCAAACAAAAAAAGUCAGGUAUGCUUAUCUUUCUAUGAAGAAAAAAACAAACAUGCAUCUUGGUUCAGUAAGAGUGAGCGCUUGUAUUGGGAGCAAUGGUAUAUUAAUCUGAAUGUAGCCCAGCAUCCAAAGGUUCACUCUAGCAAAUCUCAUCAUUCUAAAGUUGCUGAUCCAGGAGAGGGAGCACUUGAAGAUAGAAAUGCAAGAAGCGCAGCACUUGAAUCAUCACUUCGAGAAGUUUUGUUUCAAAUUAUUAAAUUUGUUAACGAAAAGAAGGACCAUGUUCCUCCCAUACCAAAUCUUGAGGGUGUCAUUUCAUUCCCCUUUGAAAUUACUAUACCCAGUUCAUCAGAUUCUGCUUUCGGGAUGGACAUGAUAAAGAGGAUGCUCCAGUCUGGGCAUCCAACCAUGCUAAGUUGAUUGUCAGUUCUGACAGGGCGCAUGUGGUUCCGUGGAUUGUUAUUGUGCAUAAUCAUGUGCUGGAUAUAGAGAGCUGAAUAAAGCUAAAUGAAGCAAGGUUUAGUUUACUUGCCCUUGUAAAUAUUUGCUUUUGAGUAGCCUUUCUUUUUCUCCUUCUUUUCUAUCUCUCUCUUGGAAGUAUGUUUGUUCUGCGAUUACUAUUUAUGGUCUUGUAUAUAUUUUCAAAUGUUCGUGACUUGCGAGUCUUCUUGCAUAUCAGCCGCCUUAUUUAUCAUGCUUGUGAAAAUUGCUUGAUCUCCGCUUUGGUCAGGGAAUUUGAAGAAGUGGCUCCAGCCUCAUUAGAUUUAUAUUGUUAUUAAUUAAAGGAAAAAUCAUAUCAGAGGUGCCUA